CAUGGAAACUGAUAAAGACAACAAAAAACAAGUUUUUAAGAAGGAUUCGCCAGAUGAAUUUAUGAAAGAUGAACAAAAUAAGGGUUUAGUGGAUGAAAUUACAAAGGAAAAUAUCCAGUUAAAGGAGGAGAUUCAAAAGCUUGAAGCCGAGUUACAAGAGGCCACCACAGGAUUCCAGAUUAAAGAGGAUAUUCCUGAGACAAAGAUGAAAUUCAUAUCAGUUGAAACUCCUGAGAAUGACAGCCAGCUUUCAAAUAUCUCCUGUUCAUUUCAAGUGAGCUCAAAAGUUCCUUAUGAGCUACAAAAAGGACAAGCACUUAUCACCUUUGAAAAAGAAGAAGUUGCCCAAAAUGUGAUAAGAGUGGGGAAACAUCGUGUGCAGAUAGAAGAUGUAAACGUGGAGCUUUUGGCCAAGCCAGUUCCACUAAACUCUGGAGUCAGAUUCCAGGUACAAUGGAGAUUAAAAUUUUGUGGAGUUUUGUUAAUCAUGGGUUCUUUUGCCAUCCGUAUUUCUGAAUAUGAAACAAUUUUCCAGGUUCAUGUGGAAGUUUCUAAAGUAAAAAUCAACGUUACUGAAAUUCCUGAUGAAUUGCCUGAAGAUCAGAUGAGAGACAAGCUAGAACUAAGCUUUUGCAAGUCCCGAAACGGAGGUGGAGAGGUGGAACAUGUGGCCUAUAAUAAGCAGUCCCGAAGUGCCGUCAUCACAUUUGUGGAACCUGGAGUUGCUGACAAGAUUUUGAAAAAGAAAGAAUAUCCUCUUUAUAUAGAUCAAAGCUGCCAUAGAGUCACUGUUUCUCCAUACACGGAAAUGCACUUGAAAAAGUAUCAGGUGUUUUCCGGAAUAUCUAACAGGACGGUCCUUCUGACUGGAAUGGAAGACAUUCAGGAGGAUGAAGAAAUGGUGGAAGAUUUAAUCAGCAUUCACUUUCAACGGGCAAAGAAUGGAGGUGGAGAAGUAGAUGUGGUCAAGUGUUCCCUGGGUCAACCUCACACAGCAUACUUUGAAGAAUAGACUGAUGCAGUCAGAUGAAAAUCACUGCAAAUGUUUGGCCAAAGUGAAUAUUCUUUUCCUUAAAAAAAUGAAAACUCUAAUUUUUGGUGUCCAUUUAUGCUUAGAUACAAAAUAUAUUUCCAUGUUUUUGAGUUCUU